CCCUGCAGUGACGGAGAGAAGUGGAGAUCGGAGGCUCGCCAGUUGCGAGUUCUUCUGAGUUGUGAGGCGUCUCCAGGUGUCCGUCUCAUCCACCAGCCGUCCCCCCGCGUCUCUCUCCCCCGCGCAGAGAUCGACCAUGUCUGACUUUCCGUGCGGUGAUGACGGGAUGCCCGCUCUGUGAAACGGCGACGACUGGAUGGAUUCUAGGGCGCACAGGGAUAACACAGUGAACUGACAGAUCGGUGUUGUGCUCGGCUCUCUCUUUUCUGUUUGUUUGUUUGGCUGGAGCUGAUCCUUUGGAAUAGUUGCAUUUGGUGGUGCGGGAACGUGGAAGAUUUAUUUCCUGUAAGGCCUUGAGCACCUGCUAUGUGUCUUGUGUGGAAAAUACCUGGUGGAAGGUGUACAGCGGGAUCCAGCCUGGGGGGACAGGACAUCUGCAACUGAUAAAGCUCCGUUUCUUCUUCUUCUUUUUUUUUAACCCCCCCUUUUUUUUCUUCUAAUUUGUGCGUAAUGUACGUGGAAUGAAAAUAGAGGAUGGAUAUAAUCUGGGAAAUACUGAUCAUUCUUCAAGCCAAUUUUAUUGUCUGCAUAUCAGCACAGCCGAAUCAACCGAAAAUUCACGAAGGAUGGUGGGCGUACAAGGAGGUGGUGCAGGGGAGCUUUGUUCCAGUGCCGUCGUUCUGGGGGCUGGUAAACUCGGCCUGGAACCUGUGCUCGGUGGGGAAGAGGCAGUCACCAGUCAACAUCGAGACCAGCCACAUGAUCUUUGACCCUUUCCUCACGCCCAUAAAGCUGAACACAGGUGGACGCAAGGUGGGAGGUACGAUGUACAACACGGGCCGCCACGUCUCUCUGCGACUGGACAAGGAGCAUCUGGUUAACAUCUCUGGGGGACCAAUGACGUACAGCCAUCGCCUGGAGGAGAUCCGGCUACACUUUGGCAGCGAGGACGGCCAGGGCUCUGAACACCUGCUGAACGGACAAGCCUUCUCCGGAGAGGUCCAGCUGAUCCACUACAAUCAUGAGCUGUACACAAAUUAUACAGAAGCUGCUAAAAGCCCCAAUGGACUUGUCAUUGUGUCCAUAUUCAUGAAGAUUGCUGAGACAUCAAACUCAUUCCUGAAUCGAAUGCUGAACAGAGACACCAUCACAAGAAUAACAUACAAAAAUGAUGCUUAUCUACUGACUGGCCUAAACAUAGAGGAGAUUUACCCGGAGACAAGUAGUUUCAUCACAUAUGACGGGUCGAUGACCAUCCCUCCGUGCUUUGAGACGGCCACAUGGAUCCUUAUGAACAAGCCUGUGUACCUCACACGUAUGCAGAUGCACUCUUUGCGCCUUCUGAGCCAGAACCAGCCGUCUCAGAUCUUCCUCAGCAUGAGCGACAACGUCCGCCCCGUCCAGCCGCUGAACAACCGCUGCAUCCGCACCAACAUCAACUUCAGCGUGCAGGGCAAGGACUGCCCCAACAACAGGGCUCAGAAGCUCCAAUACCGAGUGAACGAGUGGUUGCUAAAGUAGCCUCCCUUGGAUGAGCACGGGAGCGAGUGUCAGAGAUGGAGAGCAGGAGCGGGAAGAGGCGAGGGCAAGGAGGGGAGGACGGGAGGGAGGACGGAGGAGGUGAACCCUGGCUUAAAGGCUGCAUCUCAUCUAAGAUUAUUUCAUGGCAUUGUAUAAACGACGAAACAACACCAGACAUUAAUCCGAAUUCAGAGACUUUGCAUUGCGAGCAAAGAGACUCUUUCUUUUUCAUACAUACAGAACAGUUUGAACCCUCAAUCUAACACACGCUAACAAGCCCUCUCCCCCCACUGUACGACUAUAUCUAUACUGACAUUUUGAUACCGAUACUUUUAUGGGAGAGGAAGAAAAAAAAUAAAAAUAAAAAAACAACAACGUUGAAGCAUUUAUUUGAUAGCCUCCCAACCAAUAGGACACAACUUUGGGACUUUAAAGCCUUUGUACAUAAAGAUGUUGCUAUCAAUGGGAAAGUCCAAGGAAUAAGUCACUGCCCCCCCCCCACCCCCCACCCUGCCGGUCAAGACUUGAGUGGUCAACUCGAUUCACACGGAUGUUUCAUCACUGUCACGAACAAGGCAUGCAAUCAGCAAAACCAACAGAGAGGGAACACCGCCUUACCUUGUCAUUUUCCAGAACCAGAGUCAUGUCAUAAAGGACGAGUAAAUAUUUACAAGGCUUUCUUACAGCCUCAGAGCAACUUAGGCUUCUUGGCCUUGUUUGUACAUAUUAUAAUUAUCAAUACUGCAGAAAAGGAAAAAAAAUCAACAUGUUAAGAAACGUAAUGAAUUAACAUUCAAAAGAUAUAUUAAGUGGGAGUUGAGGAUUUUAAAAAGCUUGGCGCACUUUGACUUCUGGAGCAGUUCUCAGUCUGAGCCGAUGCCUUGGUUUCUGUUUUAUCGUUUACAAUGGUCAUACACUGUGUUUGAGUAAUGUUAUCAGCCCAAUAAAUGUGUCUGAAAAGUUU